UCUUCUGUAUAACUAUAUUUAAUAUAGUCUUCAUAGCUCCAUCCUCGGUCUAACCAUAUUAUCUAGGUAUAUACAGUCUCUAUGCUAAGAUGGCUAUGUUUACGUGUUUUCGAUGUUGUUCAAUUAUAACCUAACUAACUGUAAAAGCACGUUUUCGUUUAUAGUGUAUGUUUUACGUUAAUUUUAUAAGAGGAUUAUUACAAAUUUGACAGUAAGAAACGGAUAAAAAUAUUUUUAAAUAAAUAGAUAAUAAAUGCUUCGAAUACUUAGGACUCAGGAAUUUUUCAACAGUGCUUGUUCUACCUGUAAUAAAUUUUGUAGAUCAUUAACUACUAAAUUGGACACGAUGACUGAGAUUAAAGAAAUAAAAAUCAAUCACCCAGAAAAGCGAUUACUGGAAGAAGACACAACAAAUAAUAUUAAAAAACAAAAGACAGAAGCUUUUGUUAGAAUAAAAAAGAAAAACUGUGCAAUGAUGUUAGGUUAUUUAGGAAAAGAUUAUUAUGGAAUGCAAAGAAAUCCUGGUAUGAAUACUAUAGAAGAAGAAUUAAUAAAAGCUAUGUUUAAAGCUAAAUUAAUAAAUUCAGAAGCAUUUGAAACAAUACAAUCAAUUCAUUUUCAAAGGGCUGCAAGAACAGAUAAAGGGGUUUCUGCUGUGAGACAAGUUGUUUCCCUGAAAUUACCUGAAAAUCCUUGCAAAGAUUCUAUUAAUGAAAAUUUGCCCAAAGAUAUUAAGGUAUUUGCAAUAAAGCGAGUCACCAAAGGUUUCAACAGCAAAUCACAAUGUGAUGCCAGAACAUAUUCUUACACACUACCCACUUUUGCAUUUGCACCAGAACACAUAGAAUCUUAUCAAGAAACAGGAGAAUUUCAAGAUAUAGAAAAAAGAAUACAACAUCUCUCUACUAUAAAUGGGAAACCAUACAGUGAAUACCGUUUGCCGGAAGAUAGAAAGCAGCAACUAAGUGAUCUGCUAAAGUAUUAUGAAGGAACACAUAAUUUUCACAACUUCACAAGGCAAAUACUACCUCUAGAUCCCCGAGCAAAAAGAUACAUUAUGAGUUUUGUAGCUGAUGAACCUUUUAUUGUAAAUGACAUGGAAUUUAUUACUUUGAAAGUAAAAGGACAAAGUUUCAUGAUGCAUCAAAUUAGAAAAAUGGUUGCAUUAGUGAUAGGAAUUUUAAGAGAUAUUGUAACAAAAGAAGAUUUUGAAAAGGAAGUUUUUGAAACAAAAAAAUAUGAAAUUGUCAGAGCUCCAAGCUUAGGAUUGAUGUUAAAUAUUGUGCAUUAUGAUUACUACAAUAAGAGGUAUGGCACAGAUGGAAUACACGAGACACUUGACUGGGCUGAGUGUGAAAAAGAAGUAACAGAGUUUGAGAAAAAUCAUAUUUUAAAAUAUGUUAUCGACACAGAAUUGAAAGAAAAAAGUAUGCUCGAGUGGUUAGCGAGUCUUAAUGUACAGUCGUUUGGACCACGAAGCGAAAAUCAAUUAGAUAAUGAUAAAGAUGAUGAAGCAGCGGAUGAUUGAAGAAAUAUGUAUUAUAUAUUUUAUGAUCUUCUUUUUGUUACCAAGAAUUGUACAUUAUGUUGAGCGAAUAAACAAUUAUACUGAUUAA